AUACGCUCGUAGUGGCCAUCCGACGUAGGUCGUUCCAAUUAGGUGACCGGAGGCGAAGGGAGGAGCAAAGAAGAAUUUGUUUUUGCUAUCAACAAAAAUUGAUCAUAAAAAUAGAAUUGCUUGGUAGACGUACGUAGAGUGUUCGCGUCGCAGAAUCGCAUCCUACCUGAAGGAGGGUUAAGCCGACGUACAGCAAAAGGGGGAGUAAAGGAGAAGAGCGUAGCGUGAAAUGGAACGAUGUAAGAGGAAAGAAGAAAAAGGAAUAGAAGCGGAGCUGCGGCUAACGUAAGAAACCCUAAGCUGUGAACUGUACCGCCCGUACAAUGACGUAGUGUUCUGUCAUCCGGCGCGCUACCUCUCCAGCCUCUCCGCUACAACCGCUUGGGCCAUUAUAGUGGGACAAGAACUUCACGAGUUCACAACUAUACAUAUAGUGGUAGGCCUUUGAACGGUGCGCGCCUUGUGCCUCGUGCCCCGUGUUUCUUCCUUACCUUUCCGUUCUUGUCUCUUCUUUUUUCGUUCCUCGCCACCUUUUGCCCGCGUUAUCUUUCCCUUCCACUAUAUCGUUAUUCUUCACCUGGCUCGGUUGUAUCGAUGAUCACGUUCACCUGGUCGAUCGUACUUGACGCGUUGCGUUCGUAAACAAAGAGGCCGACGACCACGAGGGAACGUUCCUUGCCGCUCGAAUUCGAAUUCUUCCAGAAAGAAAUAGAAACAUCAGCGAAGAAUGAAACGUCGAGCAUUCAAUCCGCCGAUUCCAUCGUUUACCUAAACAUACAUAAAUCAACGGAAAGUUAACGAUUUCAAAGUUGCUGCCAGGAACGAGCAUUAUGAGGAACGUGCACGCUGUUCGUCGAUGACAAACAUGAAGGCCUCGGUCUUGAUUUAUUGGAUGUUCUUCUUCCAAUCAAUGUUAAUCGCUUCGACGGUACACACGACAAGUUAUCGGACAAAUCACGAGGAAACGAGCAGAAAAGUGGAAGCAAUCACGACCGAAGAAUCAGUUUUGGGACUGUUUAAUCAUUCUUCUUGGAUGACUGUACCGAUCAGAAGUAAAAGAAGCGGGGAUAUUGCAGAAGAAACAAUAGCAACGAGACACUCGAAGCACCGGAAACGGCGUCGCUGCAGAAAUCGACCAGCGUGUUUCCGGGCUACAUCUUCCAGCCGACUGUUCCCCUCGCGAAACAACAACACGGAGCAGAAAGCUAAAAGCGAAGAUUAUGAUAUUACUGAAGCCAUCGAAGAGAAAAGUAGGCUCAAUGCAAAGGAUAGAACUAUUGUUACGAAUAAAAAUACCUCCAUCGUUGACAAUGCAGCAGAAUCUGAUCUGCUAGAUACGUACGAUGAACGAGUUCUUUCGGAUGAGAUUGAGUUCGAGAAGACAGAAGCAUCUUUCAGAGCGAAAGGUCAAACGAAGAAGAACGAAGUUGGAGAGAACGUCGAUUAUGAAGAAGACGUAUCGCCAUUUUAUAUUGAGGAUCAAGUUGAAAUGCCUGAGAGUUUGGGUGCCCUGUUGAGUAAAUUGUUUCAGAGUCUACGAAACGCUUCAGCCACGGAGAGCCACGACAUUUUUAAGGAAUUGAACUUCGUAAACGCGACAAACGAAGAUCCUUGUCAAAAGUGGUUGAACAGCAAAGAUAAACUGGAGAAAGUGUUCUUAGGUGGUUUAGUCUCGCUACCCUCCUGUCCAUGCGAGUACCCUAGUAACAUCUUUUACGAGGACAAGAUUUGGGACGAAAAGCAGAAGAAGUAUUUCAGAUGGCGGGACGUAAGCGGAAAUUCUCAGAGGCUGGAUAUUUACAAACCAGGAGCCACUUACUGCAUACGUUCUUUGCUGACGCAAGGAAGCGGAAGUGCCGCGGCACAGCAUUGCUGCUAUGAUCGCAGUAGGAAACUCCUGACACGUGGUUCCGGUGCAGGCACUACAAACUUUGUCAGUCCGGAAAUAUCACCCAUACUGCACGAAAGAAUUGACAUACUACCCUGGAGAUUGUGCAAGGGAGACUUUUCUAGGUACAACGGGGUGAGGCCACCAAACAAUGACAACAGCUGCGAAGCGAAUCCUGAUGACGAAGAAUACCAACGACAAAUAGACAAUACUAAAUACUAUUAGAUUUUAAGAUUCUUCGAAUACGAUUAUUUACCAUAAUGGGCUAUUUUUGAUAAUCCACAAUAAGACUGUAUUUACCGAAUUAAUUUUAUGUUUAAGUGACUUCUCUGCGAUGCAAGAAAUAAAGAAGAUAAA